AUGCAAAUACAAACUGAAUCUCCUGUGCCCUCAGCGAUUUCUCACUCAUCAUCUACUUCUCCUUCACCAAGCGAAGUCGAGAUGCAAGUGGUAGAAGUUGAUGAAGGAUACAAAGAAGAAGAGAUAGAACCAAUCUACAAGAAGCAUCCCAAUUGUUGUCAGAUUUUAUUAAUGCAACGCGCUCCCAAGUAUAUUAGUAAAGGUCGCAAAGGGUCUUUGAAUGUGAAAGAAAUUGGACAAAUUCCGUCGACUCUAAAUAUAGAGAAAACACACGAGAAGUUCACGAAAUGUUGGGAGACUGAGAUGUUGAAACAUCCGAAGAGUCCAUCACUGUUACGAGCUUUAUUCCGAAUGGAGUGGAAACAAUUACUAUUAUGUAUUUUAGCAAUGUUCAUCUCACAGUUGUCGACAUUGAUCAUGCCAGUACUUAUCCAAUUCAUGACACGGUGGGUUUCUGAAGAAAACCCAAAGACAUAUGUGGGUGUCUUAUAUUUACUUGGAAUAGCUGCACUUCAAGUGAUCACCUCCUUUUGUUUCCAGAUGUCAAUCAAGUGGAUGUUUGUGUUGUCACUUCGCCUCAGAAAUGGGUUGAUUGCCAUGAUCUAUGCAAAGUCCUUAAAACUGAAUUCUGCUUCGAUCGAAGAGACGGGGAAGUUAGUGAAUUUAAUGUCAAACGAUGCAAUGUUAUUUGUCGAGCAAUUGCCUUUAGUGAUAAGUGGGGGGACUGCACCUCUUCUCUUUCUCAUUGUGUGUAUUAUAUUAUUAGUGUUAAUAACAUAUUGGGCAUUGAUUCCAAUAGGAGUCUGUCUACUCUUUGUAGUUAUCAAUAUGAUAUCUGGGAGGUUCAUUGGGUUCUUCUUCAACUUGACACAACAUGCCACAGACAAUCGACUCAAUUUCUUAGGUGAAAUACUUAGGAGCAUCAAAUUCAUCAAAUAUAAUGCUUGGGAAAAGCCGUUAAAUUCUCGACUUCACAAAUUGCGAAAUAAAGAGCUUUUCGCUAUGGUCGGGACUAACACUGCAAGAGCGUCGUUGGUGACUAUGAUGCUUGAGUUAACUUCUUUAAUGGCUUUUGUACUCUACUUGGUACUCAUUUUGUUGAAAAAGAAACUUGAUGUAGGCACUGUCUUUGCGUGUAUAGCUUACUUCAAUUGUAUCAGAGUCCCAUUCAUGAAUUUUGGAUAUUUCAUAUCAUCGGUGUCGAUGUUCAAGGUGUCCAUUGGGCGUAUGGAGGAAUUCUUUUUGACUCCCGAAUUGCAGAAACAAGACCGUUCGACCACCACUCAGACUGAUUAUGCGGUCGAUAUGAAAGAUGUCCGCUACGUGUUUCCCAAUGGGGAGACUGCAUUUUCCUGUGACAAUUUGAAGAUCAAAAAGGGUGAAUUAGUCUGUGUUUUAGGCAGUGUAGGGUCCGGGAAGUCAUCUUUAUUAAUGUCGAUUUUGGGAGAAUUGGAGCUGAAAGAGGGGGAGACCAAAGUAUCUGGGGAAUUGACUUAUGCGAGUCAAACUGCUUGGAUGAUGAAUACCACAGUAAGAGAGAAUAUCAUCUUUUUAGAUAAAUUUGACCGCACUCGAUACAAUAAAGCGUGCACAUGUGCUUGUUUAAAUCGUGACUUACAGAUCUUAAGAGGGGGCGAUUUAUAUGAAGUUGCCGAGAGAGGGUCCAACUUGUCAGGAGGACAGCGACAGAGGAUAUCCAUAGCGCGGGCUUUAUAUAACGCAAAGGAUAUUGUUAUGUUUGAUGACCCAUUAAGUGCAGUCGACUUCCAAGUUGGCAGUUUCAUCUUUGAGAAUGCCAUGGAAGGGUUGUUAUCUGGCAAGACACGGAUUAUAGUCACCAAUCAGACUUAUUUCAUUGAUAAAGCUGAUCGAAUCAUUGUCAUCGAAGACAAGAAAAUAGCGUUCAAUGGUACAAUAGACGAGUUGAGGAAUUCCAACAUCUCUGCGGCUGAAAUAGUCAAGACAGUGACAAAGAAGAAAGAAAAUAAGAAGAAGGAAGACACGGAAACGGUCCCACAAGAUGUUGUAGCGACUGAAGUGAUUGAAGAGAAAAGAAGUGUAGGUGGUGUUGCAUGGAGUACAUAUUUCAGAUACUUCAGUGCUGGUGGCUUCUUCUGGCUCUUCCUCUUAAUAGUUCCAUUUAUAUUAAGGUGUGGUACUCGUAUCUGUUAUAACCUUUUCCUUACAUGGUGGACGAAUCAAAUAGAUGAGGAACACCCACAAGGGGAUACUUAUUGGUUCUAUGCAAGUGACAUUGCAUUAGGUGUUGGUAUCCUUUCAAUCUUCAUAUCUAUGGUAUGCAUCUCACUUUAUGGCUUGUUGUGUGCAAAUGGAUUACAUAAGAUGAUGGUUAAGAAUCUGUUUGGGACGUUACUUUCGUUCUUCGAUGUCACGCCACUUGGAAGACUGUUGAACUACUUCUCAAGAGACUUGAGAUUUGUCGAUUCAAGACUUCCACAACAAUAUGAACAGUUCUUCGGACAGACUUGUGACUUAAUUGCGAUAUUUGUAGUCAUUUGCACGUGUUCCUAUUACCUCAUUAUUGUGGUGGUUUUCAUUUUGGUCGCUUUCAUGUGUUUCCAUAAGUAUUUUGUGAGGUCGUCCAUUGAAAUGCAGAGAUUGGAAGGUAUAACGCGAUCGCCAAUGUUCAUUCAUUUUGAUCAGACUCUCCUUGGUCUUUCGACCGUGAGGACAUAUGGUGGGGCUCCGACCUUUUUAGAAGCCAUAAUUAAGAAGAUGAAGAACAAUACCCUUUCUUAUUACACAUUACAAAUGGCCAAAAGUUGGUAUUCACAACGAUUGGACUGGUUAGGUAUUAUUUUAGCUGUAGCCACUGUGACUGGGAUAGUGAUAAUGAAAGUGGAAGACAGCAUAGAUUCUGGUGUUGCUGGUGUUGCUCUUAUGAACAUAGCUACACUUGGGGGGUUCAUUACAGUCUUUUCACAGAACGUCUUAGAAGUCGAAAUUGUGAUGCAGUCUGUUGAACGAGUGUUGGUCUUGCGAGAUACUCCAGUUGAAGAUACUAAAGAGAAGAAGGCGAAGUACACAAUACCACCAGACAACUGGCCAGUACAAGGCAAAAUCGAGUUAGACAACUAUCAGUUCAAAUACAGAGAAGGUCUUCCAUUGGUUCUGAAGGGAGUCUCUGCUGUCAUUCAUGACAAAGAGAAGAUUGGUGUGGUUGGACGAACUGGUUCUGGCAAAUCUACGAUGAUGGCUGGACUUUUUAGAAUUGAAGAACCUGCCGGUGGGUGUAUUAAAGUGGAUGGAAUAGACACCACAACAGUUCCGCUUGAAAUAUUACGAAGUCGGAUGUGUAUAUUGCCACAAGAAGCUACGAUGUUCUCUGGUAACAUAAGAGACAACUUGGACCCAACACACAUGAAAAGUGAUGAAGAGAUGAAACGUGUGUUACAAUUAGUCAAAUUUGAAAAGGACUUGGACUACCAAGUCACGGAGAAUGGUGAGAACUUCUCAUUGGGAGAGCGACAGAUGUUAUGUAUGGCAAGGGCGCUAUUAAGAGGUGCAAAGAUCUUAAUUAUGGACGAGGCGACUGCAUCUAUUGAUAUCCAGACGGACAUUAUGAUUCAAGAAAUGGUCAGAAAGAAUUUCACACAAUGCACGGUGUUAACUAUAGCACACCGCCUUCAUUCUAUUAUGGACUCAAAUAAAGUAAUGGUCUUCGAUGAUGGCCACUUGAUGGAAAUGGACACUCCAAUCAAUUUGAUUAAUAACACUACAACUAUUUUCAACAAUUUAGUCCAACAAUCAGGCUGCCCAGACGAACUUACAAGACUCGCUAAAGGAGAAACUUCUAUUGCAGAGACUCUGAAGAACACAGAACAUAAAGAUGAAGCUCACCAAGAACAUACAGAGACUCUGGCUUUGGUGGAAAAGGAAAAUACAGUUGAAAAAAGUGACACGUCAUCAUCAGACCAUUCGAACCUUGUCGACUUGAAACCUAUUAAUAGUCCUAUGCCCGUUGAUUGCCACAUCGUUGAAAAGACUCUCUUGAACAAAUCAUCAUCUGACUGA